CACAGGAAGAACCGUUGAUCACAGCAAAGUGCCCCCACCUCAGCAGAUGGAUGGUUUCCAUAUUUCAUCUUUGAACAGUUCUGAUGAAGCAAGAGGCAAUACUGAUAUUCAUGAAAGUGUUGUUGUAUCUAAUGCACGUCAACCUGCCCUCAACAACACACCCACUGUUCCCCUGCUACAAAGAACGCUCUCUCAGCUGAUGCCGUCUCGCGCGGGGAACAACAAGAAGAAGAAGCUGUUACUGAAACUCCGCCGAAUGUUUUAUAAUAAUGUUACAAGCAAAACAGAAGUGUCUCAUGUUGACACUAAGCUUUUAACUACUACCGUGACAACUACAACUACGACGAAGACUCCCAGUACAACUACAACCUCGACAUCUACAACUACAUCUACGGCUACAGCUACCACAAAGAGUACAAACACAGCCACCAUUAUAUCCACUGACUCAGCUUCAUUUGCACAGAGUACAACUACAGCGUCAGCUGCAAGUACAACUGCACCAUCAACUACAACAAAUGCUCCAUCAAGACCGUUGCUUAAUGCUGUCAGCGUGAACCAGAGGAAGAUGGAGCUUCUCAACAUACUCCGACAGAUGAUGAUAAGCAAUCUGACCACUGAAGCAAGCAGGAAGCAGGAUUUGCAUUCCAACCAAACACCAUCCACUUCAUCUGAUCUCCUUCAUCAGGUGGGUUCGGAGUUCCCAGAGGUGGCUUCCACACCACCUGUAACCACACAAAAAGAGCAAACUCGAAACCCAAGUACAAGACCAACGCUUGACAUAGCCGACAAUGUAUGGCAACACAACAGGACUACCACAGCAUUCAACCCAGGUACAACUGUUCCCCCAACUUCGAGGCCUUACCCAAGUACACUCCCGGAGGUAACGACCGACAUGCCUAAUUCAGACAUCUUAGCUUUCCCAAGUACACUCCCGGAGGUAACGACCGACAUGCCUAAUUCAGACAUCUCGGCUUUCCCGAGUACACUACCGAAGGUAACGACCGACAUGCCUAAUUCAGACACGUCGGCUAAAGUUACACGAAAACAGAAGAAGAUGGAGCUUUUACUGAAGUUGAAGAAAAUGUUUAUCGACCGUACCACAAGUGAAUCGUCUACACGCCUGACAAGCACACAGCAGGUUACUGCUGAUACAGUGUUACCCACUUCUCAGCUGUCAACCUUAGGAACAAUAACGCCAACAGGUUCCACUACAAAGCAGAGUGUCGCACCCACUGUGUCGGAUACAGUGCCAGGUGGAAGAGAUAUGGCCUCGUCUGGAAAUGACAUUCCUACCAGAAAACUCAAGAAACCCACAAGCCAGCCAGGCGCCAAUGAUCAAAUCGCCACACGUGUCAUUCCUCCAGGUGACAUGAAUAUAACUGGCAAUCCACAACUGGGAAUCCAAAAGGCAGAUUUAUUCAGAAAACUUAAACUAAUGCUUAUGCAAAACAUCAGUCUACAGCAGAGUUUGAAUGCGGAAGCCACUGUACCUGAGACUCACAAAGAAUCACUGGAUAAUAUAUCUGGGCAGGGCAAACAUGCAAACCUGCCACAUUUCUCCUUUGGUAACAAUCACUAUAGAACUACAUACAAUCUUCGGGGAGAAAACAUUGUAACUCAACAAUUCUCUGGUAAUCCCGUGAAUCUUGAACUCUCCAGGCAAGACAAUAUCAUCAAGGUUCCUGUAUUUGAUAUCGACAAAAGUCCAUCAUCAUCAUCAUCAACAACUGUGUCCAUGACGAUGACGUCAGCUAUUCAGAAUGGUGUUGUGGAAGGAGCUCAGCAGGAACCUUCUGCGGGCCAAGUCACUGUGAAUACAUUCGGAAUGACACAUGACACUGCACCUCUGCUUCAUAAAUCUACACAAGUUGCAUCUUCAGGCCCAUCAGUAUCAAGUUUUACCUCAUCUACCUCUUUACCACAAUCGCCUGCAUCUGUGUCUCAACAUACAACGCCAGGGAAUACGCCAAUGACUUCAGGCUCAACACCUCCAUCAGGAUCAUCAUCUACGUCUUUCACUACCUCUCCGCCGACCUCAUCUGGUAUUACAUCCUCACCAACAGCAUCGGUGUCUUUACAGUUUCCGACUGCAUCAUCACCUUUAAUUAAGCCUCAAGAGCAGACCACAGGCACACCUAUGUCAACUGUGUCAGCAUUUGCAACAACAGUGACGGUGGCUUCAACAGCAGCGUCGUCAUCCUCUGGCGUUAUUGUACGAACCAUGUCACCAAAGUCUUUCGUGCCAACUGAAGGAACAACCUCUCCAACCUCCUCGUCGAUAACUACUUCGCGACAUGUUCCUCCGUCUACUGCAACAACAAGCAAAACAACAACAAUCCCAACGUCAGAUUCUAAAAGGGUGACUUCUUCGCCGUCAGCAACUACAGAAAUAAUGUAUGCCGAAAUACUUUCAAAUCUGUUCUCCAAAACUGUUCCACCAACUUCGGCAGUAUCUACCACAACACCUACCUCAAGAACGCGUUCAACAGCUGUUCCAACAGCAACAAAAGCCUUUGUUCCAACAACAACAUUUCCCAGAACAUUUGAAAUACCUGCAUACACUACUUCAGCACCUAUUUCUACACAGUCGGCAGGACUUACCUCGACCCCUGAACCGUCUUCUGUAAUAAAGAUCACAGCCAUUCCUAUGAGUCAUUCUGUGUCUCCUGCCCCUGUACAAAUGUCAAUGUCUACUCCUACAGCCACCCCAACCUCUGAUUCAACCUCCAUAACAACCACUACUCCAACCUCUGCUUCAGUGCCUAUACCAACAGCUACCUUGACAACGGUUGCAGCGUCCAUACCAACCAGUACCUCAAAUACUGCUCCAAUAUCCACCACAACGACAUCUUCAACACCAACAGCGUUUCUAAUAAAUCUUGAAUCUAUUAGCCCUUUAGGUGUCUCAGCAACAUCUUCAGAGUCCACUUCAGCCCCUUCAACUUCCCAAACCACACCAUCUACCUUCUCCUUGUCAACAGCAUAUCAGACUGAAACUUCUACUUCCUCCCCAGUAUCCAGCACCUGGUCUGGCUCUCCAGGAUUCCAGCAAACUGAUUUGGCUUCAUCCAGAUCUGCGUCAAACCAUGUGCAGGUUGCCCCAGGACGUUCUCCAUUCGUUAUGUUUGACCUGAGUAAUAGGAAAAGUUUCAUCCUCCAAAAACCAUCAGGUGGUGCCCCCAUCAGCUUCAACACUUUGACACCAUUAACAUGGCUGAGUGAGAAGAGCCUGUCACCAAACCGUCACGCUGCAGAUUCGCGCAUCUCUAAUCCAUAUCAGACGCUCCUUGACUCAUUUAAACACGUCAGAAAAGACCCGAAAGGAAGCAAUGUUCUGAAAGUUCCCAGCCUAAACACAAUCUCUCGUAGCAAUACCCCCCAUGUGUUGGGGGGCAUAUUGAUGCCGAAUACUCAUGACUUCAUACUGCCCGGACUCAAGGAUGUCAAUGCUGAUGCUCCUUCCUCUGUGACUAGGAGAAGCACAUCUUUAACGGUUGAUCCAGACUCUUCGACAACAAUAUCUGCAGCUACUACCGCUAUACCUACAACUACUCCUGUCAUGAUCACAAAACCUGCACCAACUACCUCGACUGAUACUUCUAUAACAACAUCCACAACGGCUGCAUCUACACCAACACUUACCAGUACUGCAGCAUCUACAACCUCUACUACAUUAAGUACUUCACCUGCAACUACGACCACAACAUCUACACUAACUACGGUAACCACUACAAGUGGUUCUCCUGCAUCUACAACCACUGUUACUUCUAACAUAGCUACACCAUCAACGACAGCUUUGAAAACUCCACUUACAACAACCACUACUGUUGCAACUACAACCGCUACUACUACAAGAACUGAACCAACGACAGCAACUACAGACACUGCAACAAUGACCACUAAACCUACUGCCACACACGCAUCUGCUACCACCAGCUCUGCUACUAAAACACAAGAUACCACCACACCAACUUCAACAACUACUACAAAGAAAACGACUCCUACAUCUACCACUACUGCUGUUACACCUUCACCAACUAGUACCUCCACAUCUACAGCAACGACUACCACGACUGCUACAUCUCAUACAGCAACUACACGCACAACGGUUCUUACUGUUCUCACUGCUGCUUCAGCUAUUUCUGAAGCAGCUGCUGACGGUGAGGCAAUCAGUGUAUCUGCAGGUCCCGCUCCAACAACAAGGGCAGGUGCUCGGUCGUCGUCGACCACACCAGAAGCAGCUACGACUACUACAUCUACAACAACAUCACUAACCUCUACAACACCCACAACUACCUCACCAACUACUAUGACAACACCUACAACUACCACAACCACUACAACACCCACAGAUACAUCAGCAAACCACACAACGACAACAACUCCAACAACUCCAACAACUACCACAUCAACCACUACGACACCCACAACUACCACACCAACCACUACAACACCCACAACUACCACGCCAACCACUACGACAUCCACAACUACAACAACUCCAACAACUACCACACCAACCACUACAACACCUACAACUACCACACCAACCACAACGACACUCACAACUACCACACCAACCACUACGACACCCACAACUACCACACCAACAACAACACCCACAACUACCACACCAACCACUACAACACCCACAACUACCACGCCAACCACUACGACAUCCACAACUACAACAACUCCAACAACUACCACACCAACCACUACAACACCUACAACUACCACACCAACCACAACGACACCCACAACUACCACACCAACCACUACCACACCCACAACUACCACACCAACAACAACACCCUCAACUACCACACCAACCACUACGACACCUACAACUACCACGCCAACCACUACGACAUCCACAACUACAACAACUCCAACAACUACCACACCAACCACUACAACACCCACAACUACCACACCAACCACAACGACACCCACAACUACCACACCAACCACUACGACACCCACAACUACAACAACUCCAACAACUACGACACCAACAACUACCUCUACGACAACACCCACAACUACCACACCAACAACAACACCCGCAACUACCACACCAACACCCACAACCACAACACCCACAACUACCUCACCAACAACUACCACACCAACAACUACCACACCAACCACUACGACACCAACAACUACCACUACGACAACACCCACAACUACCACACCAACAACUACCACACCAACAACUACCACACCCACAACUACCACACCAACAACUACGACACCAACAACUACCACUACGACAACACCCACAACUACUACACCAACAACUACCACACCAACAACUACCACUACGACAACACCCACAACUACCUCACCAACAACUACCACACCCACAACUACCACACCAACAACUACCACACCAGCCACUACGAUACCAACAACUACCAUUACGACAACACCCACAACUACUACACCAACAACUACCACACCCACAACUACAACACCCACAACUACCACACCAACCACCACGACACUAACAACUACCACACCAACCACUACAACACCAACCACUACGACAACACCCACAACUACCACACCAACCACUACGACACCAACAACUACCACUGCGACAACACCCACAAAUACUACACCAACCACUACGACAACACCAGCAACUACUACACCAGCCACUAAAACACUAAGUACCACAACAACACCCACAACUACCACAUCAACAAUGACAACACCAACCACUACGACACCAACAACUCUCACUACGACAACACCCACAACUACUACAUCAACUACUACGACAACACCCACAACUACUACACCAACCACUUCAACAACAUCUACAGUUACUCCAAGGGAGCAUGUAGCUGAUGAUACUGGAACCGCAACCGCACUGACUGCAUUUACUGCUGCAACCUCCACCACUGUCGCCACCACCACUGUCGCUACCACCACUGUGUCUGAUAAUCUACUGAUUGAAGAACCUGGAGUGUUAGAUGCGCUGAGGAACCUUCUGGUGGACUUCGGCCUCAUGCAGGACGCAGGACCUUCUGUAACCACCAAUCCCAACACAACAACGACCAUAGCAAUGUAUUCCACAACAACAACCACGGCAUCGACUCAGCCCACAACAGCAACCACAACAGCUACGACGACUCCACUCGUGACAACAACCACAACAACGACUCAAUCCACGACAACCUCAUCUACGAGUGCACCAACGACAACUGAACCAACAGCCACAGAAUCAGAGGUGUGUCCACAAGGUGAAAUUGUUGAAUGUUCUCCCCGGAGAAGGUUCUCGGGUGGUUCUCGGUUUUCCCGUCUGUGGACCAUGUGCCAGUCUCGCUGUUCCCUGGACGGAACCUGUGACACCCCGCUCUGCUCCUGUAGGUGUAUCCCGAUACUCCAUCAGAGACUUGACAGGAGCGACGACAGUUGAAGCGAGUAGAACGUAUACACUGGGUGCUGUAACAGCUCCCAUAGGAUCAACUCUGCUGCAGGAAUUAUUUCGUUGUUUUCAAGACGUUCAUUGUUUCUCAGAAGUGAUCUGAAGUAAAGAUAGAGUGAUGUUUAAAGAGGCACCUGAGAUUCCCUAUAAUGCUGUAUCAGAAGACUGUUGUCAUUCGCUGUCAAGAUGUAUCGGGAGACUCUUGUGACUGGCUGUCAAGAUGUUACAGGAGACUCUUGUGGCUGGCUGUCAAGAUGUUACAGGAGACUCUUGUGGCUGGCUGUCAAGAUGUUACAGGAGACUCUUGUGGCUGGCUGUCAAGAUGUUACAGGAGACUCUUGUGACUGGCUGUCAAGAUGUUACAGGAGGCUCUUGUGACUGGCUGUCAAGAUGUUACAGGAGACUCUUGUGACUGGCUGUCAAGAUGUUACAGGAGACACUUGUUAUUGACUGUCAAGAUGUUACAGGAUACACUUGUGAUUGGCUGUCCAGAUGUUACAGGAGACUCUUGUGACUGGCUGUCAAAAUGUUACAGGAGACUCUUGUGACUGGCUGUCAAGAUGUUACAGGAGACACUUGUUAUUGACUGUCAAGAUGUUACAGAAGACUCUUGUGACUGGCUGUCAAGAUGUUACAGGAGACACUUGUUAUUGACUGUCAAGAUGUUACAGGAGACACUUAUGAUUGGCUGUCAAGAUGUUACAGGAGACUCUUGUGACUGGCUGUCAAGAUGUUACAGGAGACUCUUGUGACUGGCUAUCAAGAUGUUACAGGAGACACUUGUUAUUGACUAUCAAGAUGUUACAGGAGACUCUUGUGACUGGCUGUCAAGAUGUUACAGGAGACACUUGUUAUUGACUGUCAAGAUGUUACAGGAGACACUUGUUAUUGACUGUCAAGAUGUUACAGGAGACACUUGUGAUUGGCUGUCAAGAUGUUACAGGAGACACUUGUUAUUGACUGUCAAGAUGUUACAGGAGACACUUGUUAUUGACUGUCAAGAUAAUACAGGAGACACUUGUGAUUGACUGUCAAGAUGUUACAGGAGACACUUGUGAUUGGCUGUCAAGAUGGUUCAGGAGACACUUGUGAUUGGCUGUCAAGAUGGU